AUGAUACGAUUCUGUGAAGAGCUCCCUGGGCCGAAGAGGAGAUCUAGGAGGGAAGCAGAACUCGAGAAAUCUGCCCGCCUUUCCCACGCGGCGUUGGUGGCCUAUGAGAAGAAGCGUCGCAAACAGUCUGUGUACAGGACUCUAGAUGGACAGGCGCCUCAGCGCAAACCGAAAGUCUGGGCUUCGAUACAAGUUCAGGACGACGAGGAGCCACCUGAGAUAGAGGAAUCAGAGCUUACAUCGCUAGCUUCCGACUCUCGCCACAGCUCGUCACCAGCCAACCCUUCAACAGUACAAUGGGACCACUUCGAUGGACUGGCGCCACAACAUCUGCCUCGAUACGUGCGCGAGCUUAUCGUGGAAUCGCUUUCGCGUUCAUGGCCGAAAGCCCUGCCGCAUUCCUCCACCAUGGACAUGCGUCGCUCUGUCGCGCAGCUCAUGGUCGGCAAUCCAAUCGUGCUUCACGGAUUUAUGACAGUAAUGCCCUACACCUCGACUCGACCCCUCGACGAAGUGAUGGACCGACGAAUCAUGAUGCACCGUGGUCAGAUGAUCCGGAUGCUGCGAGAGGAGAUUGGAGCCAGUGGCGAGGAGCUUCUUUCAGACAUCACGAUCUUGUGUAUCUUCAUCUUCGUCAUCAUGCACGGUCGCAUUCGUACGACGCCACCGUACGUCAGUCCAUACCAGGAAACGCCUUUAGCCGUGAGACAACAACGAACACAGAUCCGUGCCUCCAUCGACUGGACCCAAGACAACCCUCAUCUCGAUGCUCUCAAUAUUGCCAUUGCGCGAAGAGGUGGCUUGAGAGGCAUACACGAUGCGAUGCUUGCAGGCUGGGUGUCCUACACCGACCUGUGGCUGUCUUCGAUCGACUGGUCGAGGCCACUGAUCUGGCGUGCUGGCUACAUUGACGAUACGCAAGCCGAGUUCGACAAGCUCGAACUCCAGACGGCAUGCUGUUCCAGUCCUCUUGCCAGUGGCUUCCAACGUUCAUUAGCUCCCGAUGACUCACUUCUGAAGGGCCUACGCAUGGCCGCAACAGUGACCACGUUUCUGGACAAAUGGACUCGAAAAGAGCAGUACGAUUCAUCGUGGGACACACUCCUCAAAGGCCGAGACCUCGUCCAGCACGUUCUACUGGAGGAGGUACGCAAUCCCUGGUUGUACUUGCCCGACUACACCAUUGACAUUUUCGACAGCGAAAGCAUCGCUCAUCGCUACCUGAUCCAUAUUGCAGCACUGAUCUACCAGGACCUCGUCCUGUUCCCAACUUUGCCGGAACCUCAGACUCGACCAAGGCUCUCCGCACGCCUCCGAAGUGCUCUGAUGGCCAUCGAUCCGGCAGUAGAGUUCUUUGACCGUGACAUUACGCUGUGGGUGACCGUCAUGGGAUCCAUAGCAGCUUCGGAGACAGACAGAUACUGGUGGAUCCGGCGCCUGAGAGGACUCCUUAUUGGUCGUUUCGAUAAUGUUGUUGCCAGCGACUUCUAUGAGGUCCGAUCUGAGCUGAUUCAAUUCCUGUGGUGGGACUUUGUGUGCCUUCCUCGUGUUUUGGAUGUGUGGGAGGGAGUCUUCAGUGGAGACCCGCAAUAG